GUAUGGAAAAGAAGGAUGAAGCCGAUUACAAAAGAGCACACAGCUUCGCUCUUGUCCGGGGUUCAGACAUGCCAGAUGAAAUGCGAGCAGAAACCAUUGAAAUGUGUGUCACUGCCCUGGAAAAAUUUGCCUCAGACAAUGAAAAAGCAGCCAAGAUGAUUAAGGAGACGAUGGACAAGACAUUUGGCUCCUUGUGGAAUGUUGUUAUUGGGGAGAGCUUUGGGUUGGACAUCACCCAUGACGUCAAGGGACUGUUGUACUUUUACUUCUGCACUGUGGCCAUCUGCAUAUGGAAGUGCUCCUAGGUCUGAGAAAUGGCCUCCUGAAGGGAUACGUGAUGAACCAACAACCUUAAUUUGACCAUAGCCUUCUCCAUAAAAGCCAGUUUUGAAUUUAUUCUGUAACUGUAAAGUGCAUUACAUGAAUGUAUUUAAUGUUUGUGUAGUGACUGUGAUGUGGUUGUAGAGCCUUUGGAUAACGUGACGUUAUGGAUAAGUUUAACCAAUAGAAAAUGAAAAUAUAA